AAUCAGAAUGACUAAAAAAAGGAAACAUCAAGAAGAUUUCCAGAAAGUAAAAUUAAAAGUUGGGAAAAAAAAGCCUAAACUAGAGAAUGCAACUGAUACUACCUUCAAAACAAAGGCCAUACAAAUUCCUGAGCAGCUUAAAGAAGAUGGAGUGCUUCCUACGCAAAACAGAAAACUUAACAUAAAGGAUCUGCUUUCACAGAUGCAUCACUAUAGUCCUGGCGUUAAGCAUAAUGCACUUCUUGGGCUCAAAGAUCUCCUAUCUCAGUAUCCAUUUGUAAUUGAUGCGCACCUUUCAAACAUAAUAAGUGAGGUGGCAGCUGUGUUUACAGACAAAGAUUCUGGUGUCAGAGGAGCAGCUGUUCACCUGCUGCAAUUCUUGGCUUCAAAAAUAAGAGCGGAACAGAUUGCUCCAUUUUUUCCUUUGGUAAGUGCCCAUCUCUCCAGUGCCAUGACUCAUAUCAGUGAGGGAAUUCAGGAAGAUUCAUUGAAAGUCCUGGACGUUUUAUUGGAAGCAUACCCAGCUCUUCUCACAGACCGCAGCAGUAUAUUGUUGAAGAAUUUUGUAGAGCUUAUUUCUCACCAGCAACUGUCAAAAAGACUGAAAAGCAGAGAGAAACUUUCCUGGAUGCUCUCUGUUAACCCAAAUCGCAGAGUAACUUCUCAGCAGUGGAGGCUGAAUGUACUUACGAGGCUCAAGAAGUUUCUCCAGGCAGUGGUAGAUGGAUCCAGUGAUGUAGAGGAUGAAGGGCUUCAAGAGCAAAAGGAUGGCCCUCAUUCUGUGAGGAACCCAAUAUGUAUAAGUUGGAAGGUCCAUGCAAAUAAUCAGCAACAUAUACAGCUGUUUGAAAAUGGUGGCUUACGACCAAAGAUCAACUCAUCAUUUAGGCUGAGGUCUCUGGCAAGUGUAAUGGACAGUGCAGAAAAAGGCCUGUCCUCGGCUGAAAACUUAAAAGGUUUCAUUGAGAUAAUAAUUCCAUUACUGAUUGAGUGCUGGAUUGAAGCAUCUCCUGCACAAUCAGCUCCCAUUCUUGGAAACCUUUUGGAAUCAGAGUCUCAGCAGCUUAUGCAGCAAGUGCUUAGUAUAAUACAUUUAUUGUGGAAACUCUCAAAGCGACAUGAUGAAACGUACAAAAUGGAACUAUGGCUUCGAAUGAAUUACCUUGUUGAUUUCAAGCACCACUUCAUGCGUCACUUUCCUUAUUCUUUGCAAGAAACAGUAAAGCACAAAAAGAAAGAUUCAUGCAAAGGCAACAAGUAUUGUAUGACAUCCUCAAACAGUGUGGACCACCUUUUACUGAAUUUAACCUUAUGUGACAUAAUGGUUUCACUAGCAAGCACUUCAACACUUCAGAUGGAUUCUGGUUGGUUGGACAUGAUAAGGAAAUUUGUGACAGAUACUCUUCAGGAUGGCAGCAAGCUGAAUAGCAAGCAGGUGAACAGAUUGCUUGGUGUGACUUGGAGACUAAUGCAAAUACAGCAAAACAAAGUGGCAACAGAACCUUUGAUAAAAGCAGUAUAUACACUAUACCAGCAAAGGAAUCUCCUCUUUCCAGUUCGUACGUUGCUUUUGAAAUUUUUUAGCAGAGUUUACCAAAAAGAAGAUUUGAGGACUCAAAGAAUCAG